AUGGAGGUCAGCCGGGGGGCUUCCCUCUAUUGCAGCUGUCCGUCGUCGUCGUCGUCUUGUCGUCCGGCUCACGCAGCUGCGGCGGGGGACAACGAUGGGAGCGAUCCUCGUACCUCCUCUGCGCGGCCACAGGCGGUGGAAGCAGAAGGAGUCGCGGCGGGAGUUAGGGAGGCGAACGGUUUGGAAGGAGGCGGCGUCUCUCAGUUCAUCCCGCGGUUGAUUUCGGGGGCGGUGUCCGGAGCGCUCACCGGUCUCUUCGCUUUGGGUAAGUGAUCAUUCAGACGCCUGGAAUUUCUGAUUGUGAGAUUUGUCUCUUACCGAUCCGGCGGGGUGGGCCAUCGUCGUCGAGUGAAACAAUUCAGAUACCUGAGACGUUUGUCUAUCUAACUAUUUCGCAGAUCGUCAGACGGAACUGCGAGGGGGAUGAUCUGAUGUAUACGAUUUCUCAUAGCCCAUCUUACAUGGGUGCUAGUUGAACCCUGUUAUUUAAUAAAUCGCGUCCGGGUUAGUGCUAUUUGAUGAAUUUCUGGGUUAGUGGAUGUCUGCGGUUUGAUCCAUAAGACGUUCCUCUUAUCAGAUGCUUCCGGCGUUAAUUCUUGGUUAAUGAUGGAGGAUAUACAGUUCAUGCUGAGGUGCUCGGCACCAUGGCACGGGAGGCUAAGUGUUUGGAUAUCCCUUACCAUUUGGUAAUAAACGUUCAAAUCCAUCAUGAUUGAUUCUAGGAAGACAUUUCAAUGCCUCGAGAGGUCAUUUCAUGCGGUCUGUGCCCGAAAAUUUUGAGAGCUUUCACUCAGUUAUUGCUGAGGAAUGCAGACGAGCUUGGAACCUCUGUGACAGGUGAAACUAACUUUGUUACUGUUUUUUUUUUUUAUUGUUAUUUUUUACCUUGCGACCGGAUCAUGUUUUCCUGUUUAUCCUCUUAGUCGAUGGAAACACUUUCCAGGGUAGUUGUUAUAGACUUGUUAUGCUUAUAGUGGGUAUAAGACGUCACAUUGACUUGAAUUUUUCUAGGGGACCCAUCAACUGAAAUUAAACAUCCAAGUGAUCAGAGUGAAUAUGCUGUUUUAUGCAUAUAAACCCGGUUAAAACUUUUUAAAAAAUGAUGAUUGAGUAUUUUUUUCCUCGUGUAGGUAGUAUUUUUUUCCUAUAUCUGUAACACUUCUGAUAUUUCGUUGCCUCCAUUGCCAGCUGGCGCUGUCACUGGAGCGGUCUCUGGUGCAUUGGCAGGUCGAGCUACUGAUAGUGGUGUUCUUCGUGGAGCUGGUCUAGGGGCUGUUGCCGGAGCUGUCCUCUCUGUCGAAGUUUUAGAAGCAUCCCGUGCUUAUUGGUACGCGGAUCGAUUUGGCUAUCGAAACCCCUCCUCAAUGGUAAGCAGAAAACUCAUGAGAAAUACCCGAGCUAGAAUGCAUAUUUCAUCACCUCUAUCAUUGAUCCUACGCAUAUUUCGUUGCCACUUGUCCUCAUAAAAUGUGUUUUGUAUUCCGUGACCUACGUCAAUGACAGCGUUUAAAACUUCUACAUCAAGCUGGCAUUGUAAUUUCAUUUUUCCUUGUUCGUUUCGUUCUGGCAUUUAAUAUGCCAGAUAAUAAACCUCCUAUAUUUCAAAGAUAUUAGCCAUCUAACUAUUAACUGCGUAUGCAGUUCUUCUCUCUCUCUUCCCCCUUCCUUGGCUGAACAGUUCUUAAUUCCCUAAUAAGCACUUUUAUUUGCCCCCCUCGCUUCUUUCUCUGCCAACCGCACAGGUCACCAGUUCAACGUCUUUUCUACAUUCACUUUUCUCUACUAUAGAGCAUGAAGUUGCAUUUCAUGUGCCCGCUUCUUUAGAAUAUUUACGGUGUACUAUAAUGGGUAAUACCAGGACAUGUUAUUACGCACUUGAUUUCUUCUGAUAUAAUGCGUGAAACAAUGGCCUGUUUUCUCGAGAAUAGUAGCUGAUUAGGAGAUGCACGGUAAAAAGUUUAGAAAACCAUCUAAGUGUUGUUCGUGAUUUUUCUCUUUAUCAGGCAGAUUUCAUUGAUGAACUCCUCCGUGGUCGAUUUGUGAGGGACCAAUUUGCUCCAGCAAUGUUCACUGCUUAUCGUUGGCAGGUGAGUUUGCUUCUAUCAUGUCUCCUUUUACCAUUUAUGGAUCCCGAUUUCCUAUGCACCGAUGAAACUCCCAUGAUUGAUAUCAGCUAUUUCUGGCAUACCCCUUAAGAGUAAUAGUCAUCAUGCCAACCCUCAGGAAGAUAAGAUAUUGGCCAGAAGAAAAAUCAUCAUGCCAACUAUCUCACUUAUGGCCCUCUCGUCCAGUCCAUCUGCCUUCUGUGCUCCCUCUCUGCUCCGAAUGGCCUCAUGCUCCCACUCCUGCUACGGACCAGACUUGGGACCAGAUUUAGUAAUGUUUCAGCAGAGAGUGAGUCUUUCUGUCUUUCCUUGGGCUCCGCAGAUCAGCAUCUCGGACUUGGGACACGACGAAAACUACGACCUUUUCGGUGAAAUCUCCCCAAGGGGCCUCUCCAGCGAGUCACUGAAGAGACUCCCCCGCCACGUGAUCGAGGAAAACCCGAACGGCUGCGGUGAAAGCACCAUCUGCACCAUCUGCCUACAGGUAUCCCUCUCUCUCUCUCUCUCUCUCUCUUCUGUUUCUCUUGUUUGUCUCGGGAUCUGCUGAUCCUUCCAAUUAAAGAAGGUUGACCCGCUGCUCCCGGCAGGACAUCGAAGUGGGCGACACCGUCCGGAGCCUUCCUCGCUGCUCGCACACUUUCCACCUGGUGUGCGUUGACAAAUGGCUCAUCAAGCACGUGUCCUGCCCAAUGUGCCGCCGGGACGUGUAG